CUCGCGGCCCUCCCUCCUCUCACGGCGGCGGCAACAACAGGGAGCCAGGCCGUGAGCGACAGCUGCGCCACCAUGGAGGUGGAUAUGGCGGAGGAGGAGGAGAAGGCCGGGCCGUCGGCAGGAGAGAAGCGAGGACCGACAGACCCCGCGGGAGCCGCGCCCGGCGGCGGCAGCGGCCACUACGAGCUGCCCUGGGUGGAAAAAUACAGACCCAUGAAACUGUCUGAAAUAGUUGGAAAUGAAGAUACUGUGAGCAGGUUGGAGGUUUUUGCAAAGGAGGGAAAUGUACCAAACAUUAUAAUUGCUGGCCCUCCAGGAACAGGUAAAACCACCAGUAUCCUGUGUUUGGCUCGUGCUCUGCUUGGUCCUGCAUUAAAGGAUGCUGUUCUGGAGCUGAAUGCCUCAAAUGACAGAGGCAUUGAUGUUGUAAGAAACAAAAUCAAAAUGUUUGCCCAGCAAAAGGUCACACUUCCAAAAGGUCGGCACAAAAUAAUCAUCCUUGAUGAAGCAGACAGCAUGACAGAUGGAGCACAGCAAGCAUUGAGAAGAACAAUGGAGAUUUAUUCCAAAACAACACGUUUUGCACUGGCCUGCAAUGCCUCUGACAAAAUCAUAGAACCCAUUCAGUCUCGGUGUGCAGUGCUGCGUUACACCAAGCUGACAGAUGCACAGAUACUUGCCAGACUGCUGAAAAUUGUUGAGAAAGAGGAUGUAGCAUACACAGAUGAUGGACUAGAAGCCAUAAUCUUCACAGCUCAAGGUGAUAUGAGACAGGCAUUAAACAACUUACAGUCCACAUACUCUGGAUUUGGCUUUAUAAACAGUGAAAAUGUCUUUAAGGUAUGUGAUGAGCCUCAUCCUCUGCUGGUGAAGGAAAUGAUACAACACUGCAUAAAUGCAAAUAUUGAUGAAGCAUACAAGAUUCUUGCCCACCUGUGGCGCCUUGGGUACUCUCCAGAAGAUGUCAUUGGCAAUAUCUUCCGUGUGUGUAAGACCUAUCAAAUGCCAGAAUAUCUGAAACUGGAAUUUAUCAAGGAAAUUGGGUACACCCACAUGAAGAUAGCAGAAGGUGUGAACUCCCUGUUACAAAUGGCUGGGCUGCUGGCUCGCCUGUGCCAGAAGACUGCAGCCCCUGCAGCCAGCUAGGGGCUCCUGCCUUCUGCGGGGAAACCAGGAUGUGCUGCAAAAAUGUUUCAUACUGUUUUAUUUAGACCAAUAAAGAUCUAAAAUCUA